CCAGCGCCAGCUGCUGCUGCUCCCGCGUCCUCAGGGCGGACACGCAGCCAGGGCUUUGCUCUAACCUACCUGCUCUGUAGCGGAAAAUCCCUCUUCUGCUGGAGCCAUUGUUUCCUGGCACGAUGCCGUCCCUUCCCAAUUCUGACGAGCUGAUUUUUUUUGUGAAUGGAAGAAAGGUCAUGGAGAAGAACGCCGACCCGGAAGUGAACCUACUGUUCUACCUGAGGCAAGUCCUCCAUCUCCCAGGCACGAAGUAUGGCUGCGGAGGAGGAGGCUGUGGUGCCUGCACCGUCAUGGUGUCGAGAUACUACCCCAAGACCAAGAAGAUCCACCAUUAUCCAGUUACAGCGUGCCUCGUGCCCAUCUGCUCUCUGUAUGGGGCUGCUGUCACCACGGUGGAAGGUGUGGGAAGUAUCAAAACCAGGAUUCAUCCCGUGCAGGAAAGACUUGCGAAGUGUCAUGGCACGCAGUGUGGCUUCUGCAGCCCAGGGAUGGUGAUGUCCAUCUACACGCUGCUGAGGACCCACCCGGAGCCGACCCCUGAGCAGAUCACCGAAGCUCUUGGAGGUAAUUUGUGCCGCUGUACUGGAUACCGACCAAUUGUAGAAAGUGGGAAAACUUUCUGUGUGGAAUCAACUGUUUGCCAAGUGAAAGGAUCAGGAAGCUGUUGCAUGGAGCAAGACGAGAGGCCUUUCGUGACUAGACAGGAAAAAAUGUGUACCAAACUGUAUGAUGAAGCCGAAUUCCAGCCCUUGGAUCCGUCCCAGGAACCUAUAUUUCCUCCUGAACUGAUAAGAAUGGCAGAAGACCCAAACAAGAGGAGGCUGGCGUUCCACGGGGAAAGGACCACCUGGCUCACCCCCGUGACCCUGGACGACCUUCUGGAUUUGAAAACCCAGUUCCCCAAAGCGCCCCUCGUCAUGGGGAACACCACAGUGGGGCCCAGCAUGAAAUUCAGAGAUGAAUUCCAUCCAGUUUUCAUAUCUCCACUCUGGCUUCCAGAACUACAUUUUGUGGACACCACAGAUGAGGGGGUGACAAUAGGUGCAGGAUACAGCCUGGCCCAGUUGAACGAUGCCUUACGCUUCAUUGUUUCGGAGCAACCGAAGGAGAAGACGAGGACGCACCGCGCUCUCCUGAGGCAUCUCAGGACGCUGGCCGGGGCCCAGAUUAGGAACAUGGCGACUUUAGGAGGACAUGUGGUGAGCAGACCUAAUUAUUCUGACCUAAAUCCCAUUUUAGCCGCAGGAAAUGCUACCAUCAAUGUGAUAUCUAAAGAAGGAGAGCGGCAGAUUCCUUUAGAUGGCCGUUUCCUUGAGAGAUCACCUGAAGCCAACCUUAAAUCGGAAGAGAUUGUGUUAUCGGUCCAUAUUCCCUACUCGACUCAGUGGCACUUUGUGUGGGGACUGCGGCUGGCCCAAUGUCAUGAGAACGCCUUUGCCAUUGUCAACGCUGGGAUGAGCGUCAGGUUUGAGGACAGCACAGACAGGAUUAAGGCGCUUCAAAUGUUCUACGGAAGUGUUGGCCCCACCGUUGUCUCUGCCGGGCAGGCCUGCCAGCGGCUCAUUGGGAGGCGAUGGGAUGACACGGCGCUGAGUGACGCCUGCCGGUGGGUCCUGGAUGCAGUUUACGUCCCGCCCGCGGCUGAGGGCGGCCUGGUGGAGUACAGGCGGACGCUCAUCGUCAGCUUACUCUUCAAGUUCUACCUCAAAGUGAGGCGAGGACUGAACAAAAUGGAUCCCCAGAAGUUUCCUGAUAUCCCCGAAAACUUCACGAGCGCUCUGGAAGAUUUCCCCAUAGAAACCCCCCAAGGCAUUCAGAUGUUCCAGUGUGUGGAUCCCAAACAACCUCCACAAGACCCGGUUGGCCACCCAGUCAUGCACCAGUCAGCCAUUAAACAUGCCACAGGGGAAGCUGUGUUUGUUGAUGACAUGCCCCCCAUUGCCCAAGAACUCUUCCUGGCUGUCGUCACCAGCACCAGACCUCAUGCAAAGAUCAUAUCAAUUGAUGCUUCAAAAGCCUUGGCACUUCCAGGUGUGGUUGACGUGAUAACAGCAGAGGAUGUUCCAGGGGACAAUAACCACAAAGGAGAGGUUCUCUAUGCACAGAAUGAGGUAAUUUGCGUGGGUCAGAUCGUCUGCACCGUGGCUGCCGACACCUAUGCUCAUGCAAGAGAGGCCGCUAAAAAAGUGAAGAUCGCUUAUGAAGACAUAGAACCGAGGAUCAUCACAAUAGAGCAAGCCCUGGAGCACAAUUCAUUUCUUUCUGCUGAGAAAAAAAUUGAGAAAGGAAAUGUAGAGCAAGGCUUUAAAUAUGUUGAUCAAAUCAUUGAAGGUGAGGUCCACGUGGGAGGACAGGAACAUUUUUACAUGGAGACACAAACUAUCCUGGCUAUCCCAAAAGAGGAAGAUAAAGAAAUGGUGUUACACCUUGGAACACAGUAUCCAACCCGUGUGCAGGAAUUUGUGGCUGCGGCACUAAACGUCCCAAGGAGUAGGAUCGCCUGCCAUAUGAAAAGAGCUGGAGGAGCCUUUGGGGGGAAAGUGACCAAGCCUGCUCUGCUAGGAGCUGUCAGUGCUGUGGCCGCCAACAAGACUGGCCGCCCAAUCCGGUUUGUUUUAGAGCGUGGUGAUGACAUGCUGGUAACUGCUGGCCGCCACCCACUCCUCGCAAGAUACAAAGUCGGAUUCAUGAACAAUGGUGUGAUCAAAGCUGCUGACGUUGAAUAUUAUAUCAACGGCGGAUGUACUCCUGAUGAGUCUGAGCUAGUGAUAGAGUUCGUUGUGCUGAAAUCUGAAAAUGCAUAUAAUAUUCCUAAUUUUCGGUGCCGGGGUAGGCCUUGCAAAACAAACUUGCCGUCCAACACUGCCUUUCGAGGAUUCGGCUUCCCCCAGGCUGCAGUGGUAGUGGAAGCUUACGUAUCUGCUGUGGCAUCUCAGUGUAACUUACCCCCUGAAGAGGUUAAAGAAAUAAACAUGUAUAAGACAAUUAGCAAAACAGCCUAUAAACAGACAUUUAAUCCAGAGCCCUUGCGAAGAUGCUGGAAAGAAUGUCUGGAGAAAUCCUCAUUUCAUGCUAGGAAACUGGCUGCUGAGGAAUUUAACAAAAAGAAUUACUGGAAGAAGAGGGGGCUUGCUGUGGUCCCCAUGAAAUUCACUGUUGGGCUUCCCAUGGCCUUCUACAAUCAGGCUGCAGCUCUCGUCCACAUCUAUCUCGAUGGCUCUGUCUUGGUGAUUCACGGUGGCUGUGAAAUGGGACAAGGCCUUUACACCAAAAUGAUUCAGGUGGCUAGUCGCGAACUGAACAUCCCCCAGUCGUACAUACACCUGUCAGAAACCAGCACGGUCACCGUGCCCAACGCUGUCUUCACGGCGGGCUCCAUGGGGACAGACAUCAACGGGAAGGCUGUGCAGAACGCCUGCCAAAUUCUCAUGGCCCGUCUUCAGCCAGUCAUCAGGAAGAACCCCAAGGGAAGCUGGGAGGACUGGAUUGCAAAAGCCUUCCAGGAAUCCAUCAGUCUCUCGACUACUGGAUAUUUCAAAGGCUACCAGACGAAUAUGGACUGGAAGAAGGAGGAAGGGGAUGCUUUUCCAUAUUAUGUCUACGGAGCAUCCUGUUCUGAGGUUGAAGUCGACUGUCUGACGGGGGCUCAUAAGCUCCUUAGGACCGACAUCUUCAUGGAUGCUGCUUUCAGCAUAAACCCAGCCCUGGACAUUGGACAGAUUGAAGGAGCGUUUGUUCAAGGCAUGGGAUUCUACACCAUAGAAGAGCUGAAAUACUCCCCGGAAGGUGUGCUUUAUUCUCGGGGUCCGGAUGACUACAAAAUCCCCACUGUCUCUGAGAUACCAGAAGAGUUCUAUGUCACCUUGGUGCGUUCCCAAAAUCCCAUAGCCAUCUACUCAUCCAAGGGAUUGGGCGAGGCUGGAAUGUUCUUGGGAUCCUCUGUGUUGUUCGCCAUAUAUGAUGCAGUGACUGCUGCCCGCAGAGAGAGGGGGCUGACCAAGACCUUCACCCUGAGCAGCCCGGCGACUCCUGAGUUGAUUAGGAUGACCUGUGUGGAUCAGUUUACUGACAUGAUUCCCAGAGAUGAUCCUUCAACAUUUACACCUUGGUCCAUCCGUGUGUCUUAAUCCUACGUUUUCUUAGAAAAUGUAAGAAUACGUUAUUGACCUUAUAAUUUUCAAACCAGAGCAAAAUAUCGAUUGGCCCCCAAGUGUCAAGGAUAAUUUUAGCAUCUUUUAACUAUUCUCUGUGGUUUAAGUCGCCGCAUGAUGAUGUUUUAGGAUACAAUUCUUCACCAAAAGGUGAAAUUUCACCGAAAGAUAUAAAGAAGUUUAGAAUCAAAAGUUCUUCUUUUCAUUUGCAUUAUCUGAAGAUCUACAUCAUCAUGAUUUCAAAACAUGGUGGAAUUUUUGUUACCCUGGAACAGCUCCUCUUGCUUUGUUCUUCAGAAAUGUGUUCACAAUUCAGUAAAAUCAUGCACCCCCCCCCCAAACUCUCAGGAUUAGACUCCCCAAAGCCAGUGGGUGCUGGUAACAACUUGCCCUCCUGGAAAAAUCCGUGAUUUAUAACGUGGCCAAUUUCCGGGGUGGCAGCCACUCCCACUGUGAGGUCUCUGAACACGGAGUUGGAAGAGGUGCUCGUAAUGGGCUCCUGUGGUCUCGGGCAGCAGCCCCCCAAAAUGCUCAGCACCACGCACGCAGCACAGCCUCUUCCUUCCCUGGGAAACCGCGCUGAGUAAAAGGAUCUCACUCACCCGGGAGUCCCUUGUUCUGGCUUCGCAUCUAAAAGGAGAAAUCAGCACCUCCUUCCCUUUGCCAUAUCAAAGGGACACGAAACCCUCAGGGUUCUUUGUCAAUUAAUCCUUAGCUAUUUUACGCUGCAUUUUUCUGAGGAAAUGCAGUCUUGCGCCAGAGAAGAUGUCUGGUCCGCUGUGAGGUUUGAAAACACAAAUAAACAAACUCGGUCAUCUGUGGGGAUCUGUGUGCUGGAUGUCAAAGCCCCGCGUUUAUUAACAGUAACUUCGUGGUGGAGGAACAAGUGUAUAGCAACUGUGUGCGUGAGAGAGAGCACACUGGAGGAAGGGGAGGCUGGCGGUCGAAGGGAACGGCCUCUUUCUAAAGAAAAUGCUCGCCAGACUGUGUCUCUUACCCUAAGAAAGUGUGUGUGUGUGUACAUAUGUUUUUAAGUGUCUGUUUGAGUUUACCAAUAAUCUAGAUUGCCUGGAACCCAACCCACAAAAUUCAAUGUGCCAGACAGAUCAGUAAAAAUAGGGUCACUGGUAUAUUUUUCUAACAGUAAUAUAGGAAGACACCUUUAUCACAAACACAAAUUAAUUUUAGAAGCAUUAUACUUUAUAGAGCGUGUGGGCAAGGCCUCCGAUAACACAGAAAUUGAAUUUUUACAAAAUAAGUCUGAUCUUUUCAGUAGUAUUUAAUUAACCUGAAGAGUUGAGGUUGGGGAGGAAGUAUUUACAAAAAUAGUACAUUUUAAAGGAUAGCAGCUUUCAAACAUAGGAUUAAUAUUCUAAUGUCUUUAAAAGUUGACAAUUUACAGUGUCUAUUAUAUUACAAACUUAAUCUGUAUUACUAAUUUAGAUAAAUAGCUGUUAUUUUCUGUCUACUUUUAAAUGUUAUUACAGCAAUAGUUGUGCUAAAAGUGUAAGAUACAAUCUUUUUAACCGAUGGACUCAGUAAAUGGUCAAGCGCCCUUUCAAUGAUAAAAGCAUGUGAUCCUUAUCAACUCUGGGCAGAACCGCUAAUGCUUGUCACUCGUAGAAACUGACCAUUACUGCUGCUCGAUCAUGGGCUCAGUACAAGUUUGUCAGAAGAGAAAUAACAGGUGGCAGGAGCGACACUUGGCUGCUCUUCUCCUUUCAACUCAAAGUGCCCAUGGGGCCGAGGAUGUCCUGCUUCUCCUGGACCCAAAGUUUAGGAUGGAGCAGUUUGUGCCACCCUGCAGGAGCGCAGGGCCAGAGCUGAGUGUGUGGUGGCAGGGAGGGACUUGAUUUCCCUUCAGAAUCUUGAACCUGCAGACACUGGCACGCACUCAGGCUUUAGAAAUGGGAGAGGCCAAAAGAGGGUUGGGACAGGAGGGCUGGGAAAUCAGUGUCCUUUCUUUUAAGGAAAAAUCUUCAAAUCCUCUGCACUUGAUAUUUUCAAUGAUGUAAAUUGGCCGUAUUCUUCACACUACCAGCGCACGUAGUAUCACAGGUUGAGUUUUCCGGGAGCAGAUGCUGAGACAGAGUUUGGGGAGCAGGUUGUUUCUUGGGGAUCGAGACCUGAGAAGGGAAGGGUGAGGAAGCAGGAUUGGGCAGAGGGAGAAGUCCAACUGCGACACAGGCCCUUGAAACAUCAGGAAGCCAGCGGGGGCCCUGGAGCGAGCAUCACCCCACCGAGUUGUCCCACCCAGGCUGGAAUGUAGGGUGUGUGUUCCCCAUAUCACUGUCACCAAUGGGGCUGCUCCAGGAAGGGCGUGACCUUGAGGGAAAGGAGGCUUUCUGCCCCAAGGCAGACCCCAAAGGAGCUGGCAGCUGGGGACCACAUGCUGACCACACUCCUGAAGCUGGGCGGCACGCCCUUUCUUGAAAGGGGAUCUGGGCACCUCACCUCCAUGUCUGCCACACAGAUCUACCAAGGUGAUUCUUCCUGACUUGUGAGUUUAUUAAUAUGCAAAUCUUACAUAACUAUAAGCAGUAAAUCACAUUUAGUUAUACACUGGAUGAAUCACCUUUAUGGGGAAGAAUAAUUUUACAUUCAAAGAAAUACACAGCUUACAUAUGUAUGUAACAAGUCUGUACUUGCUCCAGAAAUUCAACAUUAUCUGUUUGCCAAGUGCUUUCCAUACUUAUUCCAGUGCACUCGAUUAAAUUCAUUAUCAGCACACUGUGUGCCAGAUGCUGUUAUUAAUGACAAAAAUCUCAGAGAAAAGCCUCUUAACUCAGUUUCAUUAUCUGGAAUUGAUACUUGAUAGAUCCACAAAAUUGAUUUGCUCUGCGUAAAUAAGUGACCCUGUAGAAGUGUUCCAGAAAAUAUGGCUCUGCAGAGCUUUACAAUUCUGAGCCCUCGGUUGACAGAAGGCAUGUCUGUAAGAAGCAUUAAAGAAAACAUAAAUUUAGCCCCAAAAGUGAUGGAAAUGCCCGUGUUAAUUAUAAUGUUAAUAGAUACUUAAUAUCUAACAUUUUCCAAAAGUUAUAGUCAAAGGACUUUAGUCCUCAUGUCAAUCAUUGAAUUCACUUGGUAGGGAACAGACUGUGAGAGUCUCUCUUUGUCCUUCAUUAAUUCACAUAGAUACUGGGCUCUAUUUCCAGAUUCUUUCAUCAGUUCCCCUGACCUAGUUGUUUUAUCUUUGCACCAAUAUCAUGUUAACAUAGGCGCCAUGGCAAGUGCUCCCUCACUGCUCUUUUUCACAUUCCUCUUAGCUAUUUGGUCUCAUUCAAAACAAAAAUCGCUUUAUCCAAUUUCCUCUAAAAACCUAGGUAUGAUUCUAAGUAGAAUUGUAUUAAAUUUAUAUGUUAAUUUUAAGAGAAUUGACUUUUCAUCUAAGAACGUUAUAUGUCUUCCUCUGUGUGUAAAUUUCAUUUCUUGCCUAGAUCCUAUGCUUCUUAAAUUUGGGGGCUUAAAUUUAUUCUUGAGUAUUCUUGGAGCUACUGUGAAUGGAAUAUUUUUCCACUUCCAUUUUUAAGUGUGUAUUUGCAUAGUAACAAAAACUAUUGACUACAUCCAAUUACUAGAUUGUUUUCUUCUCUUCCAAUGUGGACAUCAAUUUACCCCAGUUAUUUCACUCUCCCAUUAUUUUACUACAUGCGUCAUAACCUCCGAGGUAAAGUGACCCAGUAAUGGUAAGAAAGGGCGGCCCUAUGUAAUCUCUGAUUUUAUUUGAAAUUGUUUUUUAUUUUUCCUGUAACAAUAAUAGUAGUUAUCGGUUUUUGUAAAUAUUCUUAUUUCAUCAGUUUCCUCCUGUUCUCUUUGCUUUAAAGUUUUGCUAGGAGUGGCUGCUGAAUUUUAUCAAGUGACGUAAUAGCAUCCUUGAUUUGAUCAGUUUUCCGCCUUUAUUUUGAUGUGAUGGGCUGUUGGUAUUAAUAAUGUGCUAGAUUUCUGAUGUUGAACCCACUUGUGUCCCAGAAAUAAAGCUUACUUGGUAUAUUAUCCCUUGAUACAUUGCCAGAUUCUAUUCACUAGUAUUUUAUUUAGAAUUUUUGUACAGUAAUCUCCCCUUUGUGCACGGUUUCAAUUACCUGCUGUCAAUCAUGAUCUGAAAAUAUUAAAUGGAAAAUUCCAGAAAUAAACAAUUCAUAAGUUUUAAAUUGCACGCUGUUCUGAGUAGCAUGAUGAAAUCUCCCACCAUCCUGCUCUGUCCCUCCUGGGACGUGAAUCAUCCCUUUGUUCAACGGAUCCACUGUGUACACCACCUGCCCGUUAGUCACUUAGCAGCCAUCUUGGUUAUCAGAUCUACUCAUGGUAGCUCAGUGCCUGUGUUCAAGGAACUCAUGUUUUAGUUAAUAAGGACCCCAAAGCACAAGAGCAGUGAUGCCGGCAAUUCGGAUAUGCCAAAGAGAAGCCAUAACGUGCUUCCUUUAAGAGAAAAGGUGAAAGUUCUCAACUUAAUAAAAAAAGAAAACAAAUGUGUGGUGAGGUUACUAAGAUCCAGGGCAAGAAUGAAUCUUCUAUCCGUGAAAUUGUGAAGAAGGAAAAAGAAAUUCAUGCUAGUUUUGCUGUGGAACCUCAAAUAUGUAUGUAUAGGAAAAAACACAGCAUCGACAGGGUUCAGUACUACCCAUGGUUUCAGGCAUCCACUGGGGGUCUUGGGAAGUAUCCCCGUGGAUCAGGAGGGGUCGCUAUGUCUGUAUUCAGAAGCAGAGUGGUUCUACAGUAUUUUUCUACUGUCCGUAUUGGGUUUUGGCCUUAAGAUUUUACUAAGUUUAUAAGAGUAAUUGGAGAGAAUUUCCAUUUGUUUACACCUAGGAGAGUUGAACUAACUUUGGCAUUAUCUUAGUGAGCACGUAAAAUUCAUCUGUAAAUUCAUUUGUUCAAUGAUAAUUUUAAUAUUUUCUAUUCUUUCCAUAGUAAGUUGUCUUAUUGUUUACAUUUGCCUGUUAUCUUGUUGACUCGUCUUUAUUUUCAUCCCCUCUUUAUCACUUUAAACAUGUUUCUUAUAAAUGGUGUAUAUCUAGAUUCCAGGGUUUUUUUCUAAUCCAAUCUGCUAGUCAUUAUUUCUAAGUGCUACAAUUCAUUUCAUUUAUAUUUCUUAUAAUUAUUUAAAAUGUUUCAUCUUUUCUAGUUAUUUAUACAUAUAAUAUAUAACAGAAAAUAUAAAUUAUGAUAUGUAUCGUGAAUAAUAUGUAGUAGAAAAUGUGAUAUAGUUUGACCUGUGCUUUCCAUUUUUCCUUUUCAUUAUUUUUGCUGAUUUGUGCAAGUGAUGAGAAAGUCCCUUCCUUCUCUUGCUAAUUUGGAAGUUCUACUGUACCAGUAGUUGCACAUUUCCAUUUACCUGCUUUAAUAAACAGACACAUAUUUCUGUA